UAUACAUACAUUGUGAUUAAUCUUAAUGCGACAGAUAUACAUGUGUGAUAAACUAAACUAGAAAAUGCAUGCAACUAUUUAGUGUCUAUAAAAAUCGCGAGCAAGUGGUCAACAACACCUUCUGCCACCUGUUGUGUUUUUUUUUCUUUUUGCAAAUAUUUAGUGUCUAUAAAAAUGUGUGCACAAUAAAUGAUGACCAGUACUACAUUGCAUCAUUAAUUCGAGUGACAUAAGGUCAAACUAGUCUUUCUGUAUAAUAUAAACCCUUACGGCGCCGCUCAUCCUCAUCUGACGACACACAACAUACCUUGCCAAGAAGAAAAGGAAUCCGCCACGAAAAUGGCCAUGGCAGCCGCCUCCUACUUGAGCAGUGCGAGUGCCAUCUUGCUCUACGCCGCUCUCUUCUUUGCCGGCGCUCACGCCGAGGCCAAGCCGACCGAGGUGGUAACCUCCGAAGUCCCAAGCACACUCCCCGUAUGCAAGACUGUCGGCGGUGGCAGCACCUUCUUCGACGUCCAGUUCUGUGUGGAGGCACUCGGCUCCGAUGGCCGCAGCGCCAACGCCGGCACGAACUACGGCGCCUACUCCGUCAUCGCCACCGACCUCCUCACGGCCAACGCCACCAGCACGGCGACCAAGAUCGACGGCCUGCUCCGGGAGCGCGGCGGCAAAGGCGACGAGGCCAUGACGACGCGCUGCCUCCGGUCGUGCCGAGCGCUGUACGGCGGCGUGGUGAAGAGGCAGAUCAGCUGCGCGGCCGCCGUCAGGGGCAGGAGGGGCGGCGAGGCCACGAGGUGCCUGGAGACAGUUGCGAGCGCGGCGAAGGAGUGCGAGGAGGGAUUCCGGAAGAGCAAGGUAGCGUCGCCGGUGACGAUGGAGAACGACGACGCGUUCAAGCUUGCCAAGCUCGCCGUCGCGCUGCUCAGCUGGGCUCAUUAGUAACUGAAGAAGCUUCAGGAUGUGUCUAGUAGGGCGAAACAUGUUUCAU